AUGUCAAAAGAGAAAUUUGAUCGUUCUAAGGACCAUAUUAAUGUUGGUACCAUCGGACAUAUUGAUCAUGGUAAAACAACUUUAACAGCAGCCAUUUGUACCGUUUCUGCUAAACAAGGUUUGGCUGAAGCAAGAGACUAUGCUUCUAUUGAUAAAGCUCCUGAAGAGAGAGCUAGGGGAAUUACGAUCAAUACUUCACAUGUUGAAUAUGAAACUCAAACAAGACAUUAUGCUCAUGUCGACUGUCCGGGACAUUCUGACUAUAUUAAAAAUAUGAUCACUGGUGCAGCUCAAAUUGAUGCUGCUAUUCUUGUAGUUUCUGCUACUGAUGGUACUAUGCCUCAAACAAGGGAACAUAUUCUUCUGGCUAGACAGGUUGGAGUUGAAAGGAUGGUUGUUUUCUUGAAUAAGUGUGACAUGGUUGAAGAUCCUGAAAUGCAAGAUCUUGUUGAAAUGGAGGUGAGGGAUCUUUUAACUUCUUAUGGAUAUGAUGGUGCAAACACACCAGUUAUUAAGGGUUCUGCUUUAAGAGCUCUUGAGGGAGAAGCAAAAUAUGAGGAGUCUAUUGUUAAUCUUCUUAAGUGCCUUGAUGAAUAUAUUCCUUUGCCGGUUAGGGAAGUGGAUAAACCGUUUCUUCUUUCAAUUGAGGAUGUUUUAACUAUUACAGGUAGAGGUACGGUUGUUACAGGUAGAUGUGAAAGGGGUACUCUUAAAGUUAAUGAUGAGGUUGAAAUUGUUGGUCUUAAAGAAACUUCAAAAGCAGUUGUUACAGGUAUUGAGAUGUUUAGAAAACCUCUUGAUGAGGUUCUUGCUGGAGAUAAUGCGGGUAUUCUGCUUAGGGGUGUUAAUAAGGACGAGGUUUCUAGAGGUCAGGUUUUAGCAAAACCUAAAUCUAUUACUCCUCAUAAGAAAUUUAAGGCUCAGAUUUAUGCUUUGAAAAAAGAAGAGGGAGGUAGACAUACAGCCUUUGCUAAGGGAUAUAAGCCUCAAUUUUACUUUAGAACAACGGAUGUAACGGGUACUAUUGAUCUUGCUGAAGGUGCUGAAAUGGUUAUGCCUGGUGAUAAUGCUGAAAUUAUCGUAGAACUUAUAAAUGUGGUUGCUAUAGAAAAAGGUUCUAAAUUUUCUAUUAGAGAAGGUGGUAAAACAAUUGGAGCUGGUACAGUUGUAGAUAUUAUUGAAUAG